UUUGGCUUAUUAGGAUACUAACCUUCUGACUAGUGUUUACUGUUUAUGAGUGUGUGUAGGGAAUCAUAAAUCUUUGCUGGUUGUUCUAUAGUUACACUUGGUUAAGAUAUGGCAUUGCUUCGUGAUCUUUGGAUGCCAAGUAGUCAAUGUUAUAUCACAGGACCGGUUUGGCCAACUAUUGAGGCAGAGAAUUUUGAGAUGAAGCCUGGUCUUACUGCUUUGGUUCAACAACAACAGUUUGGAGGACUGCCCACUGAGGAUCCCUAUGAGCACUUAUACCGAGUCAUGGAGUAUUCAGGUACAGUCAAGUACCAUGGAGUUCCUCAAGAUGCUAUCAAGUGCAUGCUGUUCUCAUUCUCUCUCCGGGAUGAUGCUCAUGCUUGGUAUCGAUCCUUGCCAUCAAGAUCAUUCAGUUGGAAUGAGAUAUCACAAGCUUUCUUGGAUAAAUAUUUCCCACUACACAAGCAGUCCGCAAUUCGAGAUGAGAUCCUCAGCUUUGUUCAGCGUGAAGGCGAGAGCUUGUAUGAUGCUUGGGAGAGAUAUAAGGCUUUAUUCAGGAGAUGUCCUAACCACGGGCUCGAGAGAUGGUUAGAGCUGCAGAUAUUCUAUAGAGGAUUGACUUGGGACACUCGAGCUUACGUCGAUAUGGCAGCGAGCGGAGCUAUUACAAACAAGACACUUGAUGAUGCUUUUCUGCUGAUUGAGAGCAUAACUUUCCACCAACAUCAGUGGUACUAUGAUAAGCCCACCUCUGAUUCAUUGGUUUGCUUGCAACAAAUCACUACACCUCAGCCGCCAAUUCUUACACAAAAUCCUGAACCUCUAUCUCAGUGUGACAAGAUUGAGCUUGCAUGGAUUAUCUUUGACGAUGAUGACACCAUUCUAGUUGACACACGCGCUACAGAUCACAUGGAUACUAGUGUUGGAGAUUUAGUUUUGCAUUGUGAUGAUUCUUCCAUGGAUGAGCCGGAGCUGCAGUUAGUUGCUUUUGAUAUUGAGGAGUCACCUUUAGUUCAUAUUGAGCAUGUGCUGGUAGAGCCAGAUAUGGAGAAGUUCUCCUUCGAUGAUGUCUGUUGCAUUGAUUCCUCAACACUUGAGCCUGAGAUGGAGAGCUUCAUGGUUGAUUAUGAUGAGGUGGAUUCAGAUGUCAAGGAGCCAAGCUCUACUAUUUCACUUGUUGACAUGAGUCCAGUGGAAAUUUCUACAAGCACACCUCACUUGGUAUCUUCAAUUGAGGUAGUCCUGAAGGUUCUUCCUAACUAUCUCAGGUAUGAUCUCAGCUUUCUUGACAAGAUAUGCCAUAUCAUGGAUACUGCCUAUGCACCAUGCGGUCUAUUGAUGAUAUCUAUUUGUCAUAUGCUUAGAUAUGCUUAUGUGAUAGGAUACUCUAUUGAUGACUUAGAGGGCAUUGUCCCUAUCAUUUGUAUUGGCUUGUUUGUUGAGUGUUCUUUCAGGUUUACGCUUGUGUACCAUUCAUUGUGGGCUGACCAAGUUCGAGAUGACAUCCCAUGGGAUCCUGGUGGACUCAAAGCAUGGCGAUGAGGAGAAGCAAUGGGGCACACACGAAGAAGAGUGAAGUUGGAGCAUCCAUAAGGAAGGAAAGGAGAAGAGCUGCAGUUGGUGAGGUGAUCAAGCGAGUGCUACUUCAUUAAGCCCGAAAUGUGUGCAAAGGCACUAUAAAUCUUCAAGAUCCGGACUAAGUGGCUAAGAGAACGAAGAAGAGGAGGAAGAAUGGACCCGAUCGUGAAGAAAAGAUGUAACCAGAGGGGCCAAGCUAAAGUUGGAGGGAUCAUCUUGUGAAGAAAGAAGAGAAGUGGAAGGGCAAAAGAGCAAAAGUGGCAGAUCAGAGGAGGGGGAUCAAAAUCCCUAGCAGCAGCCCCGAUCCCCUUUGGGCCUGGCACACAUCUCUCUCCCUCACCCCUCCUUCUCCAACUCCGGCCGCCGCCACCGCCAGGCCGACGUAGGGCGCGCCACCAGCCCCACCAGCGCCAUCCCUCCACUUCGACGUCGCGCCACCCACCUCCAGCACCACAUCGCCCAUCUCCAUCCACCAGCUCCACC